CUAGCUUUCAGUAGUUUCACUUGAUGCACAUCCAAUUUUAGGGGGAGGAUCCCGCUGCCCGUAUAGUCUAGCUGCAAGCUAUGACGAGAUUUUCGGCCUUAGCUUGCACUAGACGAAGCCCGUCCACCGCCGCACUGGUCGUGUUUUUGUUCUGGCCUGCGCUGAAACCCGCGUCGGAGAAACUCAAUCACACGCAAAAAGGCGUAAUUACAUACACAGUGUGCAUGCACAAAUCGGUGGCUGGCAGGCAGGAUCGAUCGAACGUUGGUUGGGUUGAGUUGUCGAAGGGCUAAAUGCUUAGUGGGCAGGUUCUGGGACCAAAAACCUUCCAGAAGAACGUCACGAUCCUCUGCACGGGGUUUUACGUUUUUAUCUGCUUGCUGUUGUCCUUCCACCAUACGUUUGCAAAAUUUACAACAAAUCCCACUAGGCGAUGAUGAUGAUGAUGAUGACGGAUGCAGGGUUGGUGUGCGUGUGGUGCCAUGAAAAAAUAUUGCCCGUUUUGACAGUCGCAUGCUGCAGGGAUCAGUGCAGGGGUGCUCAACCACUAAAUGGUGGUGCGUCAUUGGUAAAACGUAAACGAGCAAUGGCUGAUAUAUAGCUGGUUUUCAGCGUGCCAUCUAUUUUUUAAUAUCAAAAAAUAAUUUCAUUUACAAUAUUUACCAGCUUUCACGUAAUACAGUGAUAAAUAUCCGCGAAUGUUUACAUCAGAGGUGUCAAACCGAUCACAUUCCCGCCAAACGUCAAAAGACACAAGCAGCACAACAAACCAAAAACGAUCCAACCCGCGCAUUGGUGAAAUUUAAAUGGCGCCCUGUUUCAAACGUCGCUUUCUGUCAAAGUGUUGUGAAGGGCCCGCAUAACAGCCGCUGGAACGUUCAACGCUACAAUUUUUUCACCCGGUUUUUGGCUAAUCGUAAGCUGUUUCGUUGGUUCAAUUCAUGGUAUCUAGUAGUAACCGCAAUGGAAUCCACAUCCAACAUCGCCAAAAUAUACAUACUCCAGGAGGAUCGUGAAAAAAGCUUCAAACAUUGGCCCUUUCCAAACGACAAACAAUGCAGCGUACAGAAGAUGGCAGAGGCAGGAUUCUAUUGGCAUGGAACGGAUACCGAGAUUGACAUAGCGGCCUGCUUCGUGUGUGGCAAAGAGCUGGACGGUUGGGAAGAAUCCGACGAUCCGUGGAGCGAGCACCGGAAACAUGCACCCCAGUGUCCGUUCGUGAAGUAUGGUCGGGCGGAAGCGAAUCUAACGUGUGAAGAGUUCGUUAAUCUCAUGAUGGCUACGCUGAAGAUGCGAUUUCAAAACAACUACACCACCCUCAAGACCAACGGCAAGAUGCUGAUAGAGAAGAAGCGAAAGGAGAUGGAGAAGCUGUUACGAACCAACUAGGCUUACUAUACAGUAGGAAUAUGCAUACGUUUUAAUAACUCCUUCGCGCGAUCCUCCUGCACAUAUCCUGACAUCCUGAGGCGCUAGCCAGGUCCCGUUUAUACAACUGGCCUAAGCGAAAGUUACACGGCUACACGGCUACGUACUGGGCGUUAUGAUGUGGUAAAUAAUAAGAAUGGAUUUUUUUAAAUCUAAACUAAGGAAAAGGUCGUUCGAUUUUAGUUCUAAGCUCAUUCGCAGGGAAAAAGGGAAUCCUUUUUGGGAUGCAGGUAAUAAAUGGAAUGAGAAAAAGUUUAAA